CGUUGCGGCACGAACCGCGCAGCCUCCGCGGCUGUGGGGCACGGGCGCCGGCGGUCCCCGCCCGUCCGUAGCCCAGAGAGUCGCCGGCUCUCCCAUGGCCCUCGCGCCGCGGUCCCUGUGCCCAGCCUUGCGCUCAGCCUUCUCCGCUCACCCGGGGCGGCCGAGUCAGCGACACGGGCGAGAUGCUGAAGGGUGCAGGCCUGGACAAAGCUCUUAAGAUGUCCCUGCAGCGGAGGGCGAGGAUCGGCUCUUCUGUGGGACCUGUUCGUUCUUCUGCGGGCUAUAAGAAAGCAGAGGAUGAGAUGUCCCGGACCACGUCUGUUGGAGAUCAGCUGGAGGCAACGGCCCGCACCAUUUACCUCAACCAACCGCAUCUCAACAAAUUCUGCGACAACCAGAUCAGUACAGCCAAGUACAGUGUGUUGACAUUUCUACCUCGAUUCUUGUAUGAGCAGAUUAGAAGAGCUGCUAAUGCCUUCUUCCUCUUCAUUGCCUUAUUGCAGCAAAUUCCAGAUGUAUCUCCAACAGGAAGAUAUACCACCCUGGUGCCAUUCAUCAUUAUUUUAACAAUUGCCGGCAUCAAAGAGAUUGUAGAAGAUUUUAAACGACACAAGGCAGACAAUGCAGUUAACAAAAAGAAAGCAAUAGUGCUAAGAAAUGGUAUGUGGCAUACCAUUAUAUGGAAAGAGGUGGCAGUGGGAGACAUCGUGAAGGUCCUCAAUGGACAGUAUCUUCCAGCAGACAUGGUCCUGUUCUCCUCCAGUGAACCUCAGGCAAUGUGUUAUGUCGAAACAGCUAAUCUAGAUGGGGAGACGAACCUUAAAAUACGUCAGGGUUUGAGUCAAACUGCUGACAUGCAGACGAGGGAGGUGUUGAUGAAAUUGACAGGAACCAUAGAAUCUGAGGGGCCUAAUCGUCACCUCUAUGACUUCACCGGUACCUUGCACUUAGAUGGGCAAAGCCCUGUUGCCCUUGGGCCUGACCAGAUCUUAUUAAGAGGUACACAGCUUAGAAAUACUCAGUGGGUCUUUGGCGUAGUUGUUUAUACCGGACACGACACCAAACUCAUGCAGAAUUCCACCAAAGCACCUCUCAAAAGAUCAAAUGUUGAGAAAGUAACCAAUGUGCAGAUCCUGGUGUUGUUUGGCAUCCUCUUGGUCAUGGCCUUGGUGAGCUCAGUGGGGGCCCUGUACUGGAACGGGUCUCAUGGUGCAAGUAAUUGGUACAUCAAAAAGAUGGAAUCAAGCUCAGAUAAUUUUGGAUACAACCUAUUGACGUUCAUCAUCUUGUACAACAAUCUUAUUCCCAUCAGUCUGCUGGUGACUCUUGAGGUUGUAAAAUACACACAAGCCCUUUUUAUAAACUGGGACAUAGAUAUGUAUUAUGUAGGAAAUGACACUCCUGCAAUGGCCAGGACCUCAAACCUUAAUGAAGAGCUUGGGCAGGUAAAAUAUCUUUUCUCUGAUAAAACUGGAACUCUUACAUGUAAUAUCAUGAACUUCAAGAAGUGUAGCAUUGCUGGAGUAACCUAUGGUCAUUUCCCAGAAUUGACAAGAGAAGCAUCCUCAGAUGAUUUCUGUCGGAUAUCCUCAGCGCCUAGUGAUUCAUGUGACUUUAAUGAUCCCAGGCUGUUGAAGAAUAUUGAGGAUAACCAUCCCACAGCCCCUGUUAUACAGGAGUUCCUCACCCUGCUGGCUGUUUGCCACACUGUCGUUCCUGAGAAGGACGGAGAUGAGAUCAUCUAUCAGGCCUCUUCCCCAGAUGAAGCUGCUUUGGUGAAAGGAGCUAAGAAGCUGGGCUUUGUCUUCACGGCCAGAACCCCAUACUCAGUCAUCAUAGAAGCGAUGGGAGAGGAAAAGACAUUUGAAAUCCUUCAUGUCCUAGAAUUUUCCAGUGACAGAAAAAGAAUGUCUGUAAUCGUCCGAACUCCAUCAGGACAACUUCGACUCUACUGUAAAGGGGCUGAUAAUGUCAUUUUUGAAAGACUUUCAGAAGACUCAGAAUACAUGGAAGAAACAUUAUGCCAUCUGGAAUAUUUUGCCACAGAAGGCUUGCGGACUCUCUGUGUGGCCUAUGCUGAUCUCUCAGAGGAUGAUUAUGCAGAGUGGCUGGAAGUCUAUAAGGAAGCAAGCAUCAUAUUGAAAGACAGAGCUCAGCGAUUAGAAGAGUGUUACGAGAUCAUUGAAAAGGAUUUACUGUUACUUGGAGCCACAGCCAUAGAAGAUCGUCUUCAGGCCGGAGUUCCAGAGACCAUAGCAACUCUGUUGAAGGCAGAUAUUAAGAUAUGGGUAUUGACCGGAGACAAACAAGAAACUGCAAUUAAUAUAGGCUAUUCCUGCCGAUUGGUGUCACAGAAUAUGACCCUUAUCCUAAUGAAGGAGGACUCUUUGGAUGCCACUCGGGCAGCCAUCACCCAACAUUGCACAGACCUUGGAGAUUUGCUGGGCAAGGAAAAUGAUGUGGCUCUAAUCAUCGAUGGCCAUACCCUCAAGUAUGCCCUCUCCUUCGAAGUCCGGAGAAGCUUCCUCGAUUUGGCGCUGUCUUGUAAAGCGGUCAUAUGCUGCAGAGUAUCUCCUCUGCAGAAGUCUGAAAUAGUGGAAGUGGUGAAGAAGCGGGUGAACGCCAUCACCCUGGCCAUCGGGGAUGGUGCCAAUGAUGUCGGGAUGAUCCAGACAGCCCACGUGGGUGUGGGGAUCAGUGGCAAUGAGGGCAUGCAGGCCACCAACAACUCGGAUUACGCUAUUGCACAGUUUUCUUACUUGGAGAAGCUCCUGCUUGUACAUGGAGCCUGGAGCUACAUCCGGGUGACCAAGUGCAUAUUAUACUGCUUCUACAAGAAUGUAGUCCUCUAUAUCAUUGAGCUUUGGUUCGCCUUUGUUAAUGGAUUUUCUGGGCAGAUUUUAUUUGAACGUUGGUGCAUCGGCUUGUACAAUGUGAUUUUCACCGCGUUGCCACCCUUUACCCUGGGAAUCUUUGAGAGGUCUUGCAGUCAGGAGAGCAUGCUCAGGUUUCCGCAGCUCUACAAAAUCACCCAGAACGCUGAAGGCUUCAACACCAAGGUUUUCUGGGGUCACUGCAUCAACGCCUUGGUCCACUCCCUCAUCCUCUUCUGGUUUCCCAUGAAAGCGCUGGAGCAUGAUACUCCAUUCAGCAAUGGUCAUGCCACAGACUAUUUAUUUGUUGGAAAUAUUGUUUACACGUACGUUGUGGUUACAGUUUGUCUGAAAGCUGGUUUGGAGACUACAGCUUGGACUAAAUUCAGUCACCUGGCUGUGUGGGGAAGCAUGGUGAUGUGGCUGUUGUUUUUUGUCGUCUACUCAACCAUCUGGCCCACCAUCCCCAUUGCUCCAGACAUGAGAGGGCAGGCAACCAUGGUCCUGAGUUCUGCAUACUUCUGGUUGGGAUUAAUUCUGGUUCCUACUGCAUGUUUGCUCGAAGAUGUGGCAUGGAGAGCGGCCAAGCAUACCUACAAAAAGACGUUGCUGGAGGAGGUACAGGAGCUGGAAACCAAGACCAGAGUGAUGGGGAAAGCCAUGCUGCGGGACAGUAAUGGAAAGAGAAUGAACGAGCGUGACCGCCUGAUAAAGAGGCUCGGCAGGAAGACACCCCCGACCCUCUUCCUUGGUGGCUCUGUGAACCAGCAGUGUGUCUCACAUGGGUACGCCUUUUCUCAAGAAGAACAUGGAGCUGUUUCUCAGGAAGAAAUAGUGCGUUCUUAUGAUACCACCCAAAGGAAACAGAGGAAGAAAUAAGAUACAACCUCUCCUGAUGGAUCCGAGGGAAGAGAUGUGGUUUGUGGCACCAGUGUUAACCCAUCUUUGUGAGAAGAGACUGGCGUCAGCAGCCAAAUCACCAGAGAACACAUUUCUGUGGCCUUAGCCAACCAGUUUGUUAGUUGUUUAUUCCCUCGCAAACCUGGAGUAGAGACCGACCGCAGGGGAAGCCAUUUUUUCCCUCCCCAUUUGUCUGCAGUGCUUGGCCUAACUUCUGUUUACGUUGUUAUAAAGCAUUCAACUGUGCUCCGUGAGGUGUGAAAUUAAAAACAUUAUGUUCCACCGAUAUUUAAACAUCAGUACUAGUUGUUCUGGGAGGAGGGGAAGGGAGUUUUAUGUUGCGUGAGAGAUCCAUCUUGGUAAUUGGAACAGGGCGCCCUUACUUCCUGUUUGGUUAACUCACAGAUUGCAUCCAACGUGGGCAGCAUGCAAACUUCACUUUAGGCAGGUUGCUCACCCGCUUUCAUUCCUAUUUUGUUUGUAUGAAGUUGGCAUAAACUUCUUGAUUGCAAUGAAAUCAUAAAAUGUCUAUAUCUGGGAGGUAAAUUUAAGAACCUUUAUUUGAACCUCUUGGCCACAGUCCCAUCAGGACGAACCAGUCAGUGUACCAUGGACUCUUCUACACCCUUGCCAGGUGCCAGCUGACUGAGCCUACUAUUGCUGUCCAGGUGUCCCUUAUCCUCAGACCUUCUGCAUAGCUGGCCACUGGGCUUGGUGCAUGGCAGCCGGUGGGCAGCUGACCCUAAUCAGUAAUUUUCCUUGUUCCACUGCAGUUCUGACUUUUUGUUCUAUAACUGAACAAAAACAUAGCUCUUCUGAAUAUAUCUUAGAUUUCUAUCUGCCUCUUUCUGACAAGGGGGAAUCCCACAGAUCACAGCGAUGGUCAAACCCCUUGCCCUGGUCAGCCUCUGAGUACUCACUCAUUUCCCAAUUUCCAACCACCAAGCCUUUGGCAACUGCUUCAAUUAGAAUCAAUGCUCGUUUCCUUGAGAGUUCAGAGCACAUUUUAGACUCACUAUUGGGAAACAAAUUGAGUUUAUAAGACCUCUGUACAGUGAAGGAACACACCUCUCACUCUGUAGCUGUAGAAUCAAAGAAUUCACAAACCCAGAGGAAUAGUAUAGGACAGUGAAGGAGAGGAGUGAGGGAGACCCCACCUGUCCUCGGAAGGUGCUGAAGGGCAUACUAAUGUGGGAGGCAGACACAGUGGACAUAUCCACCAGAUCUUUUCAGAACUCUGGAGUCACACCCUGAGGCCCCUACAGUUGUCAGGAUCAGCCUCCCCUGUAUGGGAGCUGAAGCAUGACCUUGCCGUUCAGUUUAAUUUUAAAAAAUUCCAAACCUUUCAAUUAAAUACCUGUAUUUGAAAUAUUGACAUGAUUUCCUUUUUUUUUGUUGUGGUGGUGCUAGGGAGUGAACCCAGGACCUUGUGCAUAUGAGGCAAGCACUCUACCCACUGAGCUAUAUCCCCAGCCCAUGAUUUCCUUUUUUUGUCCACUUUGUUUUAGACACGGGGGCCUUUCUUAAAAAUAGUGCCCUGAAUUCUAAGACAAGGAAGGGAAGGCUCAGUCACUGACUCCCCAGCUGCAGUCCCACAUCUCGAAUUGGCAUGAGACCUGGGUACCUCCAAGUAUGUGUGUGAGAACAUGGGAGCCCUCAACAAAUGGCAGGCUUGGAGGCAUGUUCUCUCUCUCCUCUUUGCUUUGGUUGCCAAACCUGAUUUUAGGAUGGCUUAAGGUAAAUACUUCUGGGUAACUUGUACUGGUUAAAAUGCACCGUUCCUCUGGGGAUGGUUGUACUAACCUAGAAAAUAAAAUAAUAGUGCACUUUUCUUUCUAACUAUUACUGGAACAUUCACAACUCAUGAACAUGGAAAAAACAGAAUAAAUUGCAUUGAUGAAGAAAACUAAUCCUCCUUUAUGAGAUGACCAGAAUACCGAGAUGCAUUUAACAGGGGAGGCUCAGAAAGUUACCAUUUCUUACUUCCUAAGGUGAACAAAACAUUUUUAAAUAUCAGAGCACCCAGCCAGUUGAAUUUUUCAAGGACUGACCUGCAGGAACGACAGCAGGAAAUUGGCUUCCAAUUAACACAACGAACCAGGUGUAUGUCUUUAUUGCACACCCAAAAAGAUGGUAGCUGAAAUACAGAAAAGGAAGGAGAGUUGGAAUUCAAUGUUCAUUGGGCAUCUUCACUAUUUGGUUUCAUUUGGGAACUAAACCCAUUUGGAAAGAUUGAAUUAAAAUUCAAUUUUUGUCAAACACUUAGCCCUUUCUUGAAUUUGAAGUCUUGUUUGUGUUUAUAGGGUUUGAGGGUUUUUAUUUAAUUUUUUUUACAUUAAAGUACAGUCAUAUUUUCUGGGAUUGAAGUCGCAUUUCCUCCUUUUUUGAGAAGUAGACUAAACAAUCUUUGCAAUAAUGAGGUAUGCACACGGAAGAAAACAUUUCUAGAAGGGAUGCCUUUCUAUUUAUUCUCUGUGUGAUUAAGCUUUCUUACAGCCGAAUGACUAAAUUGGGUUUCUAGGCAAGGCAGCUGUCAAGAGGUGUGAUGUAUAAUAUUUAGCUGGGGCCAACUCAGGGGCUGUGUCAUUUGUCCUAUCUUUAAAUUGAGGUCAGAGUGUCACACACAACCCCUCUCCGGGGAGCCGAGUGAGCUGGACGAGGUUGCAUAUGCUGCCUGUCAGAUCAGUAGAAACGUCACAUGGGACUUGUCACUCUCCACACAGUAAGUGACUCUCAGACUAGUAGGUCAAACUUGGUCAGCAACAUGGGGCCUUAGGCUGAGCUGGCAGAACCCAGUCAGGCCAACCCCUAGGCUAGUGCUAUACCCAGUUACUGUGUUGUUUGAGGCUGUGUCCUGUUCUGGCUAACUCUGCAAACAAGUGAGACCAGCCAUCCUCUAAAACGAGUUCUUGGUUCCUCUGCAUGGGCACUCACUUGCAACAUUGACUGUAGAAAAAACACAUUGUAAAGGGAAGGGGAGAACAGAAAGAACCACCUCUCUCUGCUUGGCAUUCUGGAUUCACUUGGCACGGCUGACGGCGUGGGCUUUGUAAGAAUUUGGGGAGUGUAGCUAAUGUCUGUCCUGACUCAAUGCAGACUAUUCCAGACUUCUUGACCAGUAUUAUUUUCUCCCAUCUCCCUAUGUAUAGGUGCAUACACUAAAACAAAAAUGUGAUGCCUCUUUUGGAUCAGUAUCAUAUAAAACCUGUGCUUUGGAGAAAGGCGAUGGAUGGUGUUUUGUGAACAUUUUUUAGAGAACUGUCCUAAAAAGUGAAUCUGUGGUUCAGCCGAGCUCGGCUGAGAACUCUGUUGACAUUUCCUUUUCCUUGACAAGGAUUCAGGUCUGCUAUAGGAAUCUGAUAGUGAAACUCAGUAAUAACAUUUUAAGAAGCAGUAUACGAUGGGGGGGAAAGUGAGUCUAGGUAACUAAUGUCUGAAAAUGCCUAUGGACAUACAGAUUAUAGGCUUUAAAAUUGAAUUUUCUUAAAAAUUGUCUUGGUCAGCUUCUGAGUACAAAUGGAGUUAUAAUCUCCUUUUGUUAUAACAAUGACUCUCUACCUUUUUAUAACCAUAAGAGUGAGAAUUUCUAUCAUCUAUCCAUGUUCCUAGGGAUUUAUAUCUUGAACCAUAAGUCAAAUAGAAUGUUUGCAAGACUUUGCUGUAGGAGAAGGUAGUCUUUAGUUUUGAACAUGUGAAAGGACUCCACAUAUUUCAGCCAGGGUUUGAAUUACUGCCUAGGGUCAUUGUCCCAAAGUAAUUCAAGGAGUGAUUUAGCUUCAGCAUUUGAAAUGUAGCCUUCAUCUCCUGGGAUCCAUAAAAUAUGUGAGCAGGGAAACCAGCUAAGCACAACUUGAAAUAAUAACUUGGCAAAGGACUGAGUUUAUCAGGUCAAAUCAAAAGACAGCACCCCCUCUCAUCUCAUAAAUACUUUCUUUAUGCAAAUGUUUAAAUUAGUGAACAUGAUAACAACGGAGAGAGUUAAAAGCCUCCUCCCCUCCAAAAAAGAAUGUGCAUUAAUUGGCUUUGUUGGCGAUUCUUCAUUGGUUCCAGGUAGUUAUUAUUAACUCAUGCUAGCCAUUUCCCACCCUGAAGGGGCAUGGACAGCAGCUAGGUGGGUUUCUGAUGGAUCAUAGUAACAAGGGUCUAAAACCCCCACAAUGACACUAUUAAGUACUCUUAAAAGAAAUAGACUAGGAACAUUCAAUUUGAUGUAUUGUGCCCUUCAUUUAUUCAUUCUUUUUUUCUCAGCAUCUCAAGUUGUUCAGCAAUACACAUUUCCAUUCCACUCACGUGAAUUUACCUAAGCUCACUGGAUAUCAAACUUCUGACCAGUGCUUUGUUCAAAGCUCUCUGUCAGUUUGCUAGGUAUGAGUGAUUUCGUCAGUGGGAAGAGAAGGGUAUGAAACCCACAUAAAUCUAAGUGGUCAGACCUUACAAACAAAUGGAAGCAGAAAAGAGGGGUGAGCUCACCAGUUACCCCCACCCCCUGUAUGAUCCACAGCCAUUAACCUUAGAUGAACACCUUGGCUUUCCCGAAGGAGGGGAGACAAAAGGGUGAUUCUUUUUGCACACAGUCUGGCUCCCUUUCAAAUGACAAUCUCUUGGUCUAGCUGCUUUUGAGAUACCUACUCUGCUCUCUCUCCCAGGCGUCAGACCAAGAAAAACACGCUCAAAGAUUAGCCCAUAGGCGUUUCUUCUGACCUGGCUAAAGAAAGAAAGGAGACCUGUUUGUUUUAAAAGUCAGGAACAAAAUGUCAGGUGGCUGUGAUUUAUGGCAGAAAUGGAAGAAAGUUGAAAUAAUAGCACUAUCCAAAUAACCCUGCCCAGGAAACACAGGGGUCAAGAGAGCUUAUCAAGAGCCUUAUUUAGGUAAGCUCUUCCCUGCAAAAGCGAAAAAGCCCGGAAGGUUCUGGACCCACUUGCCCUAAGAUUGGAUCCACUUGUGUUCCUUGAGAAGCUUGGUAUGUGGAUACAGGUGAAACACUAACCACCAAUAGAAAAAUAGAAAACCUAGCCAGUCAUGGAGUUUCUUUCCUUCCAACUAGAAGCCUGCACCAUAUCCCUUAAAUAUAUACAAUUAUUAUGUGUCAAUUUUUUUUUUUCCAGAAAAGAAAUUGCUUUGGGGCUAGGGGCAUAGCUCAGAGAUAGAGGCCUUGCCUAGCAUGAGUAAGACCCUGGGUUCCAUCCCCAGCAGCACAAAUAAAAAAAAAAAAUUUAAAAAAGUUUUUGCAACAGUGAAGUCAUGUUUGUUUUUUCACUAAUAAAAUGGAUUAAGGACUGAAACCUCUGCUGGCCUCUCCUGCGUCUUCUCCCAUGUUGUCAGUGAUGGCCAAAUCCAGGGGUGUGUCAGGAUGCUUGUGUGCAGGCCUCCCUGUCCAGGUCAGUGUGACGGCAUGGACAGCUGCAGGGAUGGGGCCCUCGUUCCUCUAGCUCACAGAAUUGCCAUUUGAAUGCAGCAUCUUUGUGGUCUUUCUCCUGAGAGCAAAGCCAUGUGUUCUCCUGUCUCUUGUCACAUCUGCGCUGUGAUUGCUUAAAUAUCGUUGGCGAUUGGGAGGUUUUAAUCUGGUUAUACAGAGGGAAGUGGGCUUAUGGGGGCACAUUUAAUUGGCUCCCAGCAGAGCAGGGAGAGCUUCCAUGUUAUGUGGGGGUUUUUGUUCCCUCUCUCUAGAAGUAUAACCGUUUUGCCGUCCUAUUAACGUCCCCGGUUGUUAAAUUACAGCAGCGCAUUGAGUGGAGCUGGGGUCCCUCCUGGAGUGAAUACAAAUGAAGGGCAUCUACUUGUGUGUUUAGAGGUGUUUGGAGAAUUUAGUGAUUUGUGGCUUUGAUCAAUCCUGUUGACUGGUGUAUGUCUGCACAAACCUGUUUCAAAUAAAUCUUUUGUUAAAGUAAA